ACACAAACCUUGAACAUGCCCCACCCAUUGAUCUGCAAGGCCCCCCGAUGACCGAUAAUCCAACAUUGAUUUAUUAUUCCAUUCUUCCGCUGUUUAGAAACUUCCUCUCCAUCACAUUCAAAAUAAUUCAAAUCAACCAGCAAUCAUGUCAGUUGGAACAGUCUUGAUCACCGGGUGAGUUUAUAUCUUUCCUCUGCACUGCGACACCUCAAAAGUAAAGUUGUCAACGGUCGAGUUAUGAGUUAGUCUUCGCAUCUUAUCUGUUGGAGAAACUGGGGAAAUCUGAAGAUCUAACCCCGCCAUCAGUUAGAGCAUGCAGCCGCCAACGCUGAACUAUUUACUGAUGACUUUUUUCAUAGAGGUACUGGAUACAUCGGUUCAUUCACAACUUUGGCCUUACUUGAACAUGGCUAUAAAGUGGUGAUUGUUGAUAAUCUAUACAAUUCUUCAGAGGCGGCAUUGGAUCGUAUAGAAUUAUUAUGCGGCAAGCGUCCAGAUUUCUACGAAGUCGACAUCACAAACGAAAGGGAGUUAGAAAAAGUCUUUGCUGCUCAUCCUGAGAUUGACAGUGUUAUUCACUUCGCUGCUUUGAAGGUGGGAGAUUUCCUAUCCUAUGAACAACUUCAUCAACCAACUAACCCUUGUGCAACAGGCAGUUGGAGAGUCUUCCGAAAUCCCACUCGAAUACUACCGCGUCAAUGUUGGUGGAACAAUCACUCUUUUACAAUGCAUGACCACAUAUAAUGUUCCCAACAUUGUCUUCUCUUCAUCUGCCACUGUUUAUGGUGAUGCGACUCGAGUUCCAAAUAUGAUUCCUAUCCCCGAACAUUGCCCAAUUGGACCCACAAACCCAUACGGACGUACCAAGAGCAUGAUUGAAGAUGUCAUCAUUGAUCAUAUCAAUGCGCAAAGAAAUAAUUUGAAGAAGAAGGGAAAGGAAUAUGAGCAAUGGAAUGGUGCUUUACUGAGAUAUUUCAACCCAGCUGGAGCUCACCCAAGUGGUAUUAUGGGUGAGGAUCCUCUGGGUGUUCCAUUCAACCUCUUGCCAUUGUUGGGUCAGGUUGCUACUGGAAAACGAGAGAAAUUGCUCGUAUAUGGUGAAGGUAAGGAAUUCUCCAGUCUACCCAGUCCCGCCCGAUAAUACUCCACCUCCCACUCUCCGUUCCCCAACCUCGGUUCGGCCGUCCCCAGAUCGAGAAGAAGCUAACAAAUUUUUCUCGUCAGACUAUUCUUCUCGCGACGGUACAGCUAUUCGCGAUUAUAUCCAUGUAGUCGACUUAGCAAAAGGUCAUCUUGCCGCUCUAAAUCAUCUCCGCAAUCAACGACCUGGUGUUCGUGCAUGGAAUCUGGGAUCUGGUCGUGGAUCCACCGUCUUCGAAAUGAUCAAGGCAUUUAGUGAUGUUGUAGGACGGGAACUUCCUUAUGAAGUAGUUGAUCGCCGAGCCGGUGAUGUUCUGGAUUUGACUGCCAACCCUACUCGCGCAAAUGAAGAAUUGAAGUGGAAGACCGAAUUGACACUCGAGGAUGCUUGUAAGGAUUUAUGGAAAUGGGUUAGUAAUAAUCCGCAAGGAUAUCGUCAAGAUCCUCCCGAGCAAUUAUUAAAGGAUCUCAAGGAGAGUUUGAAGAAGAAUACUUAAUGUAAGGCACGGAGGUUGUUAAAAGACUAUUGCGGUUUGGGAGACUGGCUGGAGACGGGCAUUCACGAUUCAUUUUGAGCAUUUGCAUGAGGUUACAUUAGUUAUAGAUAUCACAUAAGUUCAUUCACGACCAGUUAGAGAAUAAAAUAAAUCUCUUUUCAUACUAUUUAUUUAUUUAUUU